UUCAAAUGUUGUUUUUUUAAUUGAGUUUAUUGUAUAACAAAUUAGUUUAGUUUUUAUAAAAUAUUUUUUUUUUUAAAUGAAUAUUAAUAACAAAAUAAUAUUUUGAUUGAAAAUGAUGGCAAAUGUGGUGAUUAUGGAUGUAUUGGAAGAGUUGAGUGAAGAAAAUGACAGACUAUUGUCUGAAUUAAGAUAUUUUCAGCAAUUGAUUGAAAUGUUUGAUAAAUACAGACAUUUAGUGAAUAGUUUGCAAACAAAUUGUGUUUGUAUUGAAAACAAUGAAUUGAAAACACAAUUCAAUGAAAUGGAUGUCAAAUACAUUGAACUCAAGACUAGAUAUACAACUGAUGACAGACUGAAAGCAAAGAAAAAUGAUGACAAAUCUAGUGAUCAAUUGUUAGACAGACCACGGAUUAAGAGACAGAAUAUUAUUAAACGUAAGAUUAAGAAAAAGACAACAAUUGAUCACCAAAUGACUGAACCAAAGAUAAAGAAUAAUAAUAAUAAUAAUAAAGAGAUGUCAAAUGAUAUAACAAUCAAACAAGACAUUGAUUAUGAAGACAACUCACGCGAUGGUGAUUACAAUAAUACGAUCAUUGAUGACAACAACAACAGUAUACCAAGUGAUGAUAAUAAUAGUCUAUCAUCAGUGAAAACACCGGCGAAGAAGACAAAGAAGAAGAAGAAUGCAAUGACAGACAACAAGACUGAUGGUGUGAAGACAAAGAAGAAACGAAAACCGCAGACAAAAAAACACGAGAAGAAUCUGAUUUGCGAUUGGGACGGAUGUGGCAAACGAUUUGGUUUUAACUAUGAACUCGUGUCGCACGUGAGGGUCAAACAUACCGGUGAGCGGCCGUACAAAUGUAAACAAUGCGACAAUUCGUUGUUUGCCACCGAAAUCUAUCUGAAGGCACACAUCAAGAAGUGUCAUACAAUCAAGAAAUUUCGAUGCGAUUACGAUGGCUGUAACCGAUCGUUUUUCUUGGUCCAGGCACUAGAAACGCAUCGGUUCCGACAUCAGGGUAUCAAACCGUUUAAAUGCGAUUCUAACGAUUGCGACAAAUGUUUUGACAGCAACUAUGCAUUGCGUAUACAUAGACGAUCGGUUCACGAGGGUAUUGUAUUUCCGUGCGAUUGGCCCGGUUGUGAUAAACAGUUUAACCAACAGCACCAACUGGCCGAACAUCGCGAACGACACGCCCAGAUACUCAAGUAUAAGUGUCCGCUGGAUGGUUGCGAUAAACAGUUUGCCACCAGACACGGUGCCAACAAACACAAGUUCGUACACAUUAAGCCCAUUCAGUGUGUAUGGCCCGGCUGUGAGGCCAGGUUUUCAAGGAGUGAGAAAAUCAAAGAUCAUAUGAACGCACAUCAGGGACUCAAACCCCAUAAAUGCCAUUUUCCCGAUUGCGAUGUCAGCUACAGUGGACUCCGGACACUACAACUUCAUUGGAAAACUAAACAUAAUUAUAGGAAAUCAAUCGAAAGAGAGUAGUAGUAGUAAGGUUGGAAAGAG